ACAAAAACAAUAAACACGGUUACAUUACACGGUCAGGUGAGGUGACCUCUCCCGCUAAGCAAUACAGAGAACUUCUCGUCUCCAUUCCGCCCUCCCAACUCAAAUCCAAUCCCCCACUCUCUCUCUCUCGAUCGAUCGAUAGAUAGAGCAAUCCUUCGAAUCCAUCGAAAACUCGUCGUCUUGUCGGCAUCAUCACCAGCAGCAAUGGGAACGCCAUCACCGCCGAAUCCCCAGCUGACGCAACAGUUCCUCAACUCCGUCCUGUCCCAACGGGGCCCCUCCGCUCUCCCGUACUCCGAGGACACCAAGUGGCUGAUCCGCCAGCACCUCGUCGCCCUCACCACCACCUUCCCCUCCCUCAACCCGCAGACCGCCUCCUUCACCCACAACGACGGCCGCUCCGUCAACCUCCUCCAGGCCGACGGCACCGUCCCCAUGCUCUUCCAGGGCGUCACCUACAACAUCCCCGUCGUCAUCUGGCUCAUGGAGUCCUACCCCCGCCACGCUCCCUGCGUCUACGUUAACCCCACCCGCGACAUGAUCAUCAAGCGCCCCCACGCCCACGUCAACCCCUCCGGCCUCGUCUCCAUCCCCUACCUCCAGAAUUGGGUCUACCCUUCCUCCAACCUCGUCGAUCUCGUCCGCCAUCUCAGCCAAGCCUUCGCCCGCGACCCCCCGCUCUACUCCCAGCGCCGCCCUCCUUCCGCCUCUUCUAUCCCUAACCCUAACCCUAACCCUAACCCCAUUCAUUCCCUCAGCCCGAGCCCCAGCCUCGGCCCCAACUUCGGCCUCACCCCCGGUUACCCUAUGCCCCCGCCUCGAUCGUAUCCGCCCUCCCCCUACGGAUCAUCCCAGCGGACCCAGACGGACGAUCCCAAUGAGGUGUACAAGCGGAACGCGGUGAAUAAGCUCGUUGAGAUGGCCCACUCGGACAUUUCCGGCCUCAGGAAGUCCCGGGAGGCCGAGGUUGAAGGGCUGUUUAAUGCCCAGGCGGUGCUGAGGCAGAGGGAGGAACAGCUGAAUCGGGGCCUGAGGGAGAUGCAGGACGAGAAGGAGGGCUUGGAGCAGCAGCUGCAGAUGGUGUUGAUGAACGGGGACGUGUUGGACGACUGGUUGAGGGAGAACGAGGGGAAGGCAAAGCUUGGGAGCUCCUUGGAUGUUGAUGAUGCCUUCGAGUGCGCUGACCUGCUCUCGAAGCAGAUGGUCGAGUGCACAGCUGUUGAUCUCGCAAUCGAAGACACAGUGUACUCCUUGGACAAAGCUAUUCAGGAGGGGGCCAUACCGUUCGAUCAGUAUUUGAGGAAUGUGAGGCUGUUGUCCCGUGAACAGUUCUUUCACAGAGCUACGGGAAUCAAGGUUCGGGCUGUGCAGAUGCAGGCUCAGGUCGCGAGCAUGGCUGCUCGAGCCCCGCCUCACGUCCAGCAUUAUGUUUCGUGAAGAGAAGGAAAGGGUAUCACUGGAUAAACUCGGAGUCCGAAUCAUACAUUUGGGCUUUUUGGUGUCUUUUCAGUCUAUUUUGUACUGAUACUGUAUCAAAUAUAGCAGUAAUAAGAAUCAGGAUGCGAAAAAAAAAAAAAAAAAGAUUCUUGUGAUAUUUGGAAUGACUUUUUGGCUGAUGAUGCCCAAUUUCUAUUCCCGGCUGAUUUCUGCAUAGCAUUAGACGUGGAAAUUUUGGUUGAUACAUUCUUCACUGUAUUCUAUGAUGCAACUCUUUUGGUGCAUAUUACUUCGAGCGCAAGACCAUCAGCGAAGCCUCUUGUUUUAUAUAUCUCAUGUUGGGCAA